GCUGAACCUCACUGCACCCACCCUGUGCGACUGGGAACUUUGAUAAGAUCCGCCGCAUCCCAGGUGCAGGGCUCGCCUGGUCGGACCUCAUUUUGUUGAUCCUGGCAACCCUCAAAGUCAAACCUGCCUUUUUCUCCCGCCAUCCCUCCCUCCCUCCGGUCCUACUGUCACUGCCACUCCCGCCUUCCGGCCAAUUGUCACCUCAGGCUCGACCUCGAGUUACGACAAACUACGAAGCCGGCCGAUAGACCCCUCAACACCUCUGACAGAGAUCUUUGGCCCACAGUUCCAACAUCAACAUCGCCGUUUCAAGUGUUUCGCAGCUACAAAGAGCACCACGACAACCACUCCCCAAGAACACAUAUCCUCUUGUUGGGCUCUUCAAUGAGCAACAUCGCCCCGUCACUGGCAUGACCAUGUGGCAGUCUUCUGCUCGGCCAUUUACCACACCGUCUUCCUCCUUACUCACGCCUUCCUAUAUCUUCGACAUCGGCUGAAGACAGGACCGCAGUCUCGGUCUACCCACCACCAUGGGAGCUGGCGACGAACAUGAUUCGCAAGAGGCGAAAGCUUGCCCAACCACUUCGUCUCCAAAAAUCCCUGCCCCUCCCGAGCCGGAGAAUGACAAGGGCAUAUUUCCGGACAUCAAGAGUCCUAGCCUAGAAGGCUUGGAAGGUGUCACAUCCGAGAACGUGGACAUCUUCAAGCUGGAAGCCGUGGCAGCGCUCAGACUACUGUGUCGUAGCAUCGACAACCUGGUUCAGAUUACCGGGGAUAUUCCUCCUACUCCUCCCGCUCGAAGUCGGGGUUCUUCACCCGCCAAAGGCCUCUCCAAACUCAGGGAACUCACACCCGGAGAUGUGACGACACCUAAGAAGGAAAACAUGAGCCUCCGACCUCCCGGGUCACAUGUCCAAGAGAUUGACGGAGUCAUCUUUGCAAAGACCCCGAUCGGAUCACCUGAAGCCCAUGCCAGCGAACCCAUCUCAGUCUCACAGAUUGUCGGAGCUAACGCCCAGCCCACCUAUAUCCAGCACGGAGCCCUGGCUCGAAAGUUCUACUCAAAACGUCCUCCACCAAUCUCGACCGAGGAUUACCUCAUGCGGAUGCAUAAGUAUUGUCCCAUGUCGACCGCCGUCUAUCUUGCCUCUUCCUUGUACAUUACACGUCUAGCUAUUGUCGAAAGAGUACUUCCCGUGACUCCACGCAACGUCCAUCGCCUGUUGUUGGCUUGUCUCCGUGUCGCCAUGAAGGCUCUUGAGGACCUGUCAUGGCCUCACGGACGAUUCAGCAAGGUCGGCGGAGUCACAGAAGGAGAGUUGGGUCGACUGGAAAUCACCUUUUGCUACCUCAUGGAUUUUAGUCUCAAGGUGGACGCCGCCAUGUUGCAACGAGAGGCAGAAAGCUUGUGUCGCCACGACCGUUACGAUGAUGUGUCGCAGGACAUUGCCAUUAGCCCUAUGGAACUGAGGCAUCCAUCUGAAACAGAACGGAAAGCUCGGCCUGGAGCGGAGAAGAGGAAAGCCAGCAACACUCUUCCAUCACGACCGUUGGUACAAGUGGGGUAGGGUCCGACCGAAGAGGAAAUAACGGAACGCACAGAGUAAAUUGUAUACAGGGAGUUGUACAUUCACGCUCUCACUGUUGUCAAGGAAAAGGAAAAGAUGGAAUGUUUGGUAUCAUUAAUUUUACACCAAGGCGUGCAAGAGAUAUGAUGUUUACGCGUUGGGCCAUGGUAUUCCACUCUUGUCUUGGAUGUGAACAGCAUAUUGGAUUUGGAUUGCUGCGACGUUAGCGGACGGGUCGUCCUUUCGGUGCUUAUGAUUCCAACCACCAAAGUAUCAACCUAACAUAACCAAGUUGAAGAUUUCAAAUGCCGAGGGAUCCGGAACAGAUGACUAAGGUCUAGGUUGCUUGGGUUUCCAGCUAUACUUGAUAUGAGUAGUAGGCAAUGGCAUAUCUUCGGUUGUUGAACAUUG